AUGGAAAGUAAAAGUCUAGGAUACAGUGGCUCUCUCUUGGGUACACAUAUACCAAAUAUUUUUUAUACUAAAGCAUGUCAGCGAAGGAAAACAAACUUUAUCCAUGGUUUGUUUGAUAAUCAUGGUUCUUGGCGCCAUGACCAUCAAGAUGUGGUUGAUGUUGGAGUCUCCGAUUUCACAUCCAUUUGUACCUCCUCCAAAUCUCCUAAUGUAGCUCAAUCACGGCGCCAUCUGCCGAGAGGAUUACCUCGCCGUAUGAAUAUUUCACUAACCAGACGAGUUACUAAAGCUGAGAUCAAUAAAGCUGACUUUGCUAUCCAACCAACCAAAGCUCUUAGAAAUGAUGGUAUGGCUGGCAAGUUUUUCAAACUCAUUGGUCUUUAG